AAGUGAAACAUAAUUUCAAAAAAAUUCACAAAAAGUGUUACAAAUCACAUAAAGAGUAAUUUGACAAGAUAAGCAGAUCCACAUCCGAAUUUUUAUUAUUUCGGAGUCUAAUCAAGAGAAAAUUUGGUAUAAAAAUACCAUCUAAUGUUGGAAUAAUCUGGUCUGAAAAAGAAAUGGCGUUUUUAGCAACCAGCACACCGAAAAGUUAUUUAAACGAUGAAAUAUCAAACAGAAUUGUUGGACGGAUCGGUAACAAAACAGCUAGAUCGAAAAUUUGCUAUCCCUCGACUUUAAUAAAUCCAAGAACGUCACAAGGAGGUUCCGCUGGUGGUAUCAAAUCCACAAUUACAAAAGACAACUCGAAAAAGAAUGAGGAUUCGAUCGAUAAAAUAUCUGUUGCAGUUAGAAUUCGCCCGAUAAGUGGCAGAGAAAUAUUGAAUGAUGGAGAAAAAAACAUUAUAAGUAUAAGAAAUAACGCUAUUUACGUUGAUGUUGAUCCAAGGAAGAAAACCAGCUCGUAUAAGUUCAAUGUAGAUAAAAUAUUUCAGUCAUACGACGAAAAUGAUUCCACCUACUUUUCACAGGAAAGGAUAUAUCAAUCCUUAGGGGUUCCCCUAUUACAAUCAGCCUUUAAAGGUUACAAUGCUUGUCUAUUGGCCUAUGGACAAACGGGAUCAGGAAAAAGUUUUAGCAUGAUGGGUAGGAGUGAAGCAGAUAUAGAUUCUGAAGAAUAUUCAGGUCUAAUACCCAGAUUUUGUAGAGACUUGAUUUCUCGUACAAAUAAUUUACCAGACAAUUGUUCCGCUACUUUGAACAUCAGUUAUUGCGAAAUAUACAACGAGAAAAUUUACGAUCUAUUGUUAACUGAAGACAUAACUAACAGAAGUACCUUGAAGGUGAGAGAAAACCCCGUCACUGGACCUUAUGUUGAAAAUUUGAGUUAUAAAACUGUGAAAACAUAUGAUGAACUUCGACUUUGGUUAUUAAUAGGAAAUAGAAAUAGAGCUAUUGCAGCAACAAAUAUGAACGAACAGUCAUCUAGAUCACAUAGUAUAUUUAAGGUGGACCUGAACUUUUUGAGCGGCAUAUUAGGCGAUGGAAAUGAAGAGAAUAGAAGUAGAAGGAGUAGUGUCAGUUUGGUAGACUUAGCAGGAAAUGAAAGAUUAUUGAAUGAAAAAUUGGGGAAUUGUAAUAGCGAGAGCACACCUAGAUCACGGUUAGAGUUGCAUAAAAAAGGAGAAAACAAUGAUGAGAAACUCCGAGAGAGUUGCAGUAUUAAUAAAUCACUGUUAACUUUGGGACAUGUUAUUUCUUCUCUUGUUGAUAAGAAAUCUUCAUUUGUACCAUAUAGGAGUUCCGUUUUGACUUGGUUACUGAAGGAGAGUUUAGGUGGAAACUCCCUCACAACCAUGUUGGCAACUAUCAGCCCCUCGAGUUUGUGCGAAGACGAGACUUUAUCAACCCUCAGAUAUGCUUGUAAAGCGAAGCAGAUAGUAAACAAGGCACAAAUCAAUGAAAAUCCCCAAGAAAAAAUCAUCAGAGAACUGAAAUUGGAAGUUGAAAAACUUAAAUCUUUACAAAGUAAUUAUGAAUCAAUGAAUCCUGACGAAUGUCCAAAAUCAAACGAAAAUCAUUCGAAUCAAAUGAAAGAACUUGGGAAAUUACAAGCUGAACUUAAAGAAACUGAAAGUAGAUUAGCUGAGGCCGAAUUAUCCUGGCAACAAAAAUUUUCAGAGAAUAAAGCUGCUCACUUGACAUCACUGGCAGAACUUGAAAAACUGAAGGAGGAACUUGAAUCAAAAAUGAGAAUUAUGACUAAUUCUACGAAAUCCAUAGAUCUCACACCAUAUAAAUCGAAUUUCUUAGAAGAGCUUGAAAGUGUUCUUGAUGAAGAUAUAGACUCUCAUAUAUCAGAUCCAUUCAGUAUUAUAAAAGAAUGGUGUAGAAAACAUCAUAUGAAUUAUUAUUUAACUUCACAAAACGAUCUUAUACUGACAGAUUAUAAAAAUAAAAAACAGACCACUGUUACAAUCAGGGAUUUGGACUCGUUGGAACAGUAUAAAGAAGUUGAUGAUAUGAUGAACAACAUAACUUGGAGUGUAACACUAAUGUCAAAACAAAAUAUGAAAAAAAGUAUAAACAAAUCGAUAAAUGCAUUGUACCGAUCAUUGUCCAACAUAUUACUAUCUGAUGUUGAUGAAGAUAUAGAUACCUUAUAUGAAACGAUCAGCAAAUCUGUACAGAAAUAUGAAACUGCAAUAAUGGAUUUGAUACAAAAAACGCAAGAAAAAAGUCAAAGUUAAAAUAUAUUGUUAUUUUAUAAUUAAUUUUAAUUAUAUGUGUUAAUUUUGUUUUGUUUGAGAUAUAUAAUGUGAUAUUUUAUUGCAGAAAUAAGACUGAUCUUUGAACUAAAGAACUUAAUCAAAAUUCAUAAUCUUAAAUAUCAAUUCUCUUUCAGAGAUUUGAUGCAAUUUUUAUUCAAUAACUGAAUAAUUGAUGGAACAAAUUUCGUUAUUUUUAUAACAUUGAACAUAGUCAAAUAUGUGUCAAGUUUUAAUUGUUUUUUAUCUUUUAUCCCUAAGGUUUCAAGAUAUCCUUCAGUAGUUAUACACAUUUGUUAAUGAUUUAAGAAAUAAACUACUAAUGAACAAAA